AUGUCCCGGUCAGCAGCUCCCGCCACGUCGCCCGACGCCGCCGCCGCCGCCGCCGCCAUGACGAAGCCCUUGCCUCACAGCCCGCUCACCGUCGGCCCUCGUGAUGGCGGCAGCCCUGGCCAUCAUCAGAUGCCCCCACCCCAGCAGGGACAAGACCAGCAAGACGGCCUUGCCUAUGGCCUCGAUGGAUCGCCACCGAUACUAGGCCUCACGAGGAGCCAUGACCACGACAGAGAAGAAGGGGACAGAAGGCAGCCUCCCCCUCCUACCCUGCCACCAGAGGAAUGCCGCGCCCCCGCCGCCGGUCCCAGCCUGCUGCGGCUCUGGCCGUCAUCUCAGAUCCCUGAGACGUGGCAGAGCAUCGAGACAUCACCACCGCCGCCGGCUUCGGGCCCAGCAGCGUCGCCCCCCACGCCCCCCACGCCAGCCCCGGCAGACGCCGCCAGCUCGCGCCGUUCCUCUACCGCCACCAGGAGACGCCUGCAGAAGCCGGCCCCGUCCUCCAUCGCCUCCUCGUCCAACCGAGCCUCACACGCCACCGGCUCCGCAGCCGCCCCCUCGCCCACGCUGGAAUGUGGAGGUGGGCCGGGUGGACCGACGCUAACGUCGACCCAGACAAGGGUCACCCCCGGUGACGUCGGCACCUGCCAGACCCCGGCUCAGCACCACCAGCCCUGCAUUCCCGACCUGGGCGAUUCAAAAUGGAGCCAAUACCUCGACUACACUGGGCUCGCCAACAACGACGGCAGCCAGGACCCCCACCAUCGCCCUCAUCCUCUACCCCUCCGACGUCAGACUUCCUCUGCCUCCUCAUCGCACCGGAAGACGCUGUCCAAGCGCGGCUUCCUCUCCCCGUCUCUCAAGAUCGGCCAGCUUGACGGGUCUGCCCCCCGAAGGAGGGAGAUCCGCGUCAUCAAGAAGAGAGCUAGCAUCGAGCUCAUAGCCGAGCAGUACCAGGCCGUCCUCGAGUCGAGAGACCGGAAAGAAGAGGAGGCAGCCGCCGCCGCCGGUGGUGAUCUGGAGUACCCUGACGGCAGUCGGCCUACAAUGACCGCAGACGGGCAGCAGAGGGGGCAGGACAGUACCACGCAAGAGAGCGGUCUUGCACUCGAGCGUCUGAAACCCACAUGCUUCGACGCCGCCCAGGACACGCCGCCCCAGGACGGACAGGAAGUCGUCUUUGACCUGCCCAUCCACGCCCCCGACGAGCCCGACCUGUCGCCGGCCUCGGACGGCACCUUCGUGGCCUUUGAAGAGGACGCCAUAUACUUCAAGCCCAUCUCCUUCUCCACCACACUAGAGCCCUCUCCGUCGCCCGAGCGGCAGAGCUUCGAGGAUGACAGGCCUCUUCCGCCGACGCCCACGUCCACGACGCACCACCAGCAUCGGCAGCAGCAGAGGUCGAGGGCGCAGUCGCAGUCCGACCCGGGGAGCGCUCUGCAGACGUGCAUUGCCAUGCUGGUCCGGGAACUGACGUCGGCCAUGCCGUCGCCGUCGCCGUCGCCGUCGCCGGCACUGCAGAUAGGUGCCAUGAUCGAGGCGUACGAGAGACUGCGCGACCAGACGGAGACGACGGCGUCGUCCGGCUUGAGUGACGUUGAGCAGAGGAACGUCCGCUCCAUGUUUGACUGCUGGCUUGCGGCGCUGCACACGAUGCACAGGUCUUUUACGCGGAAGAGUGACGAGUCGGAACGUCUUCAUCAUCAGGAAUUGAUGCCCGAGGGGAAUGGCCUUAGUAAGGCACGAAUUACGUAG